AUGAGCACCAUUGGCAUUAUGGACACCGGAAGUGAUCUCUCAUGGACUCAAUGCAAGCCUUGCAAACGUUGCUUCAAGCAACAAGGCCCUCUUUUUGACUCCCAAAACUCCCCAACAUACAAGCCUUUUCCAUGCAACGCCAAAGAAUGUAAAUACUUGGGAAAAGAUGGUUUCUGUGAUAAAAAGAAGCAACUUUGUGGCUACAACUAUACAUAUGGGGACAACUCAUUCACCGUAGGAAACCUUGCCCUGGAGACUUUCACCUUGUUUUCUUCACAAGGGAAUCCCAUAUCCUUUCCGAUGAUCGCCUUUGGCUGCGGAUUCAACAACGGAGGAAUCUUUAGCGGAGUCGAAUCGGGUAUCAUUGGACUUGGAAAUGGACAAUUGUCACUUGUUUCUCAAAUGAGUUCUUCAAUUAAUGGAAAAUUCUCUUAUUGCUUGGUGCCCGUUUCUUCUCAAUCUAAGCAUUCAAGCAAAAUGACAUUUGGUGGUGCGGGUUUGCCUUCUGGUCAUAGUACGGUCUCCACUCCUUUACUAUUAAACGGUACGGAAAACUACUAUUACCUUGCACUUGAAGGUAUUAGUGUUGGAAAAAAGAGAUCUGAUAUUAAUAAUUCUUUGGCAAGGAAUUCUUCAAAUGCUUUCAAGGGCAACAUUAUGAUAGACUCUGGAGAGAUUUGA